AUGGAAGACAACGGUUCAUCAAGUCUUACGUGGACUGAACCACAAAUGGACUACUUAGUCGAGCUUCUUGUGGAGCAUUCACGCAUGCCUGGCAUCAAAUCUGGAGGAGGUUUGAAGUCUAAAGCGUAUACAGCAAUUGAAAAAAGCAUGAUGGACAGAUUCAGUUCGGAAUUCAGUAAAGACAAAAUAAAAAAUAAAUUGAAGUAUUACAAACCCAACUUGACAGUCAUGAAGAAAAUUUUGAAUACAAGCGGGUUUGGCUAUGACCCAAUUAAGAAAUAUAUUGAUGUCAACCCCCAAGUAUGGAGUGACUACAUUGAGAAAUAUCCGAAUAGAAAAAAGUAUAAAGGGCCAAAGUUAUGGAGAUACUAUGAUGAGUUUGCCGAGGUGUAUGGCGAUUCCUAUGGAAUUGGCAAAGACGCAGACACAUUGAGCAGCAUGCUACAUGAUGACACUGAACCACUUCCAUCUACACCUGCAUCUCAAUCGACUCCAUUGUACAUGCAACCUGAAAGUAAACAAUCAUUUACACAGAUGCUUUAUGAAGAUAGUCCUCCGCUACAAUCGCCAGUACCUCCAACUCCUACAACUGAAGAUCCAACAAUGACAACUAAUAGAACUGCACAUAGGUCAAAAAGGAACAGGUCAACCAAUGAUGACAAGUAUUACAAUUUGUUGAACGGUAUAGCUGAGGAUGUGAAGAGCCUCACACAUACUUCUAGAGGGUUUCAAUUUGUCAAAUCUUGCGAAAUAUUGCAAGAGUUGUUGGACACUGGACUCCUAGAUAGUCAAACGCGAUUGAAGAGUAUGGACAUGUUAGCAGAGGGCACCAAUUCCAUGAUAUUUGUCAACCUUUCACCUUCAGGGUGUGAAGGUUGA